AACGCAUUUGGAGAGAGGAAAAAAAUGUGUGUUAUAUCGAAUAGAAAUGAGAGUAUAAUGAAGAGUCUAAGCAUUGUUUUUCCAAAUAUUCCCCAUUAUGCAUGCAUAUGGCAUCUUUGGAAGAACGUGUGUAUGAACUUCAAGAGGAGCAAAAACACACUGAGUGAUCUAUUCUACUCAAUGGCCAAAUCCUACAGAAAAGAAGAUUUUGAAAAAUUGAUGGCUAAGGUAGAAAAAAUUGAUUAUAGGAUUAAGGAGUACCUUGAGGUAGCUAGGUAUGAAAAAUGGUCUAGAGUUGAUGCAACAAUAAAUAGAGAAAGAAUGAUGACUUCAAACAUCGCCGAAUGUAUCAAUGGGUGUCUUGUUGAGGUACAACAACUACCUAUAUUAGAGUUCUUGGAGGAGGCUAGAAUUCUAUUUGGUUCUUGGCACUGCAACAACAGGGAGGUUUUCUCAUAUACAAAGGAAACAUUAGGAAAAAGGUUUGAAGAGAUUUUGAUUCUAAAUGCGUCUAAAAGUUCAAGAAUGAAGGUAUGUAUCUUGGCCUCAAUAUGUUAUGUAUCCCCAGUUAUUCCAUCAUCUGAGUUUAUGAAUCUGGAAGAAGAUACAUUGUAUACCUUGAACGAAAAAUAUAUAUGCAUCCAUACUGUUGAUUACUGCAAACCAGAUGCAUUAGCCAAAACUUAUGAGGUUCCAAUGGUUCCAAUGCCUGAUAAAGAAGAUUGA